AUGGUUUCUGCCGCGCAUCACUUGGUUUGGCUCAUCGCCCUUGCGCCCACUGCUGCAGCAGCCCCCUGCUCGAAUGGAACCUGCAUGGGCGGACUGGGCUUGCUCCAGAAGGUCCCAGCACGACAACAUGUGCUACUGACCGUUGCCACCGACUAUGAUUGGUUUCCUGUGGAUGGGGGAUUCGCUCGAGCCUGCCGCGGUGCUUCUCCUGGCGACAACGCUGCGCAGCACUAUACGGUUAUUCAUGGAAUCACAACUCUGGAGGACUGCAAGAGCGCCUGUGCUCAGAAUGCCACUUGCCGGGGUGUGGAGUACAGCCUCGGCCGGUGCGAGGUUUGGACGCGGCCGGAGGGUAUCCAGGCCAGCAUCGAGCUGGAGGACUACUCUUGCUGGAGUUACGGGCCGUCGCACUUCGUUGCUGCCGAUGGCGGCAUGGGCCGAGCCUGCCGAGGUGCAAAUGCCGAGGACGAUUCGCCAGCAUACUUCAUGCCACAUCAAGGUGUGCAGACGCUGGAUGGGUGCAAGGACCUCUGCUAUGCGGCACAACAAUGCCAAGGAAUCGAGUACAUGGAAGACGGAGGAUACUGCAAAGUUUGGACUCGGCCAGAGGGCAUCGGCAGCACUGCCGCCCUUCCGGGAUCCCAGUGCCUCCGCCUCGAGUUCCUGCCGGCCGAUCCCGUGGCGGGCGAUGCUGCCUGCCGUGGCAGACAUGCAUCUGACAACAAUCCCGCCAACUAUUUCGUGGCCCAGGAUGGGAACUCUAUUGAAGAUUGCAAGCAAAGCUGCCGGGAGGAGCCAGCAUGCAAGGGUAUCGAGUACAGCACUGGCCGCUGUGAAGUCUGGACCGUGGCUGGGGGCAUUAAGGCCGUGAAGGCACUAAGUGGCUUCACCUGCUUGAGGUACUCCAUGGCUUCCGCAUCCGUUGCGACCACGACCACCACAAUGCCAACCACAACGACGGUAGCCACGACCACCACCAUCGUCACGACGACGACCGCUACAACGACAACGACGACCACGACCACCACUACAACCACCGCCACCACCACGACGGAGGCUGCGACUACAUCAACAACCCCUGCUCCCGCGACGACAACGGAGGCCAAGAACUGUCGGGGAAAGUAUGCGCAAUGUGGCGGUCAGAACUACAACGGAGAGACUUGCUGCAUUUAUGGCUGGGAGUGCACCUUCGUCAAUGACUUCUAUUCGCAGUGCAAGCCGAGCACUGCGCCCACCACCACUCUACCGGUGGAUUGCUCAGCACCUGGAACCGAGCUCCGCGGCAAGUUUCAGCAGUGCGGAGGUCAGAACUGGCAGGGCUCCAGGUGCUGUGAGCCUGGACUGUUCUGCAAAUUCGACAAUGACUUCUACUAUGACUGUCGACCUGUCGAGGGCAGCACGGAGCCUCCCUCGACCACGGCAGCACCCUCCACUACCACGGCUAGCCUCACUGAAACCACGAGCAGUGUCAGCACGACCACUUUGGCACCAAGCUCAACUACCGCGGGCAGCACAACAGCUGGCUCGACCAGCAUCGCACCGUGCCAGAAAGGUUAUGCCCAGUGUGGCGGGAACAACCAUGAGGGGAGUACCUGCUGCGAAGCUGGGUUUGUCUGCAUAGCCAACAGUGAAUUCUACUCCCAGUGCUUGCCUAACGUCACCACCACGACAUCUACGCUGCCGGCAACGACAUCCUCCAGCAUGACCACCACGCCAAGCAGCUCCACCCAAGCGUCGACAGCUGCACCGACCACCACUCCGGCAGCGACCACGACGGCCGCCACAGCCACCACAAUCACGUCGGCCACCAUGGCCACCACACCCUCCCCGACCACAACUGCAGGAGGCCCUACAACCACCGUGACGACAACCACAGUCGAGUGCCGAAAACGCUACAACCAGUGUGGUGGCAUAAACUACAAGGGAGUUACGUGCUGCGAGCCUGGAUGGUGGUGCGUCUACGGCGGCCCGUAUUACUCGCAAUGCAAGACAACUACCACUACGACACCGUACUCCCCAGCCCCAGCGGAUGAACGUGCAGAUGCCCAUUUUCUGAUGCAGGCCUCUUUCGGACCGACUCGUGCGAGCAUGGCCGAGAUUGAUGGUGUUGGCUACGAUACAUGGAUUCGUGAGCAGAUGGAGCUCCCUGCGAGUCUGCACCGGGCUUUCUACCGGAAACGUGCCGCGCCGCAAACUUCGGCUGCCGACAGCGCCCGCGCGAAAUGCUCCGUCGGGUCCAGGUGGCGCAGCAAGGCAUUGUCCACGGCCGAUGUUGGCAAGAACAUCUCCGUACAGGGCGGCCAGCUUCGGGUGGCUGGGCACCUUCGAACAGAGCUGAGCAGCUCAUCGACGUGGGCCUCGUUCAGCUUCGAUGGCUACAUCUGUGAGGUCAGAAGCCGAGCACCCAUUCGAGUAGUUAAGGUUGCAAGACUUGGGUUGGAUUCAGGCCCCUUGCAAAGCUUGCUCAAAGGAUCGUUGCUGUUGGUAGUUGGUGGGGUGCUUCAGGGCAGGUCUGUGAGGCUAAGGGAGGGGAGGGGAGAGGCGAGGGGAGGGAACUUCCCGGUCCGAAUCCUCGCAUUCUUGUGUGUCAGCGCUCGGCCGCGUGCAAUGCAAUGCAUGACUUCGUCUCGUUCCAGCACUUCCCUGUGA